GUCUUUUUAUAAAAACUGACAAAAAACCCCAUCUUCAUCUUGGGUGUUCUUCCCUCUCCAGAUCCCCAAUUUCUUCAUGAUUUAACGGGGAUUCAUCUAAUCAGUAUUAGUUAGUUUUUGUUUCCUUAAUUCCUAUUAUAUUAUUUAUAUAUACGUAUAUGCUUUUAGUAAGAUUCGGGUAUAUUAGUUUUCUGUAAAAAUUUCUACCAAUUUCUGAGAUUUUGAUCCGUGUUUAUUAGAGAUCAAUCGCGACUUCUUCUCGUAAUUUUCUGAUUUCUCGUAAUCUGUGAACUUUUAUUUGAUUAAUCGAGUUUUGGUAACGGAAGCAGUUAUGAUGAACUCAACCGGUGAUUAUAACCCCCGGAUCGGAAAUUCCAAGAGGAAUUUCGGUGCUAACCGUGCUUUGUUUUCUCAUCCAUCUGAUAAUUUGUUUUUGGCGACUUUUUUGGCCGGCGGUCACUGUGGCGGAGGCGGUUUAUUGUCCAUGCCUCCGGCGCAUCUCUCUCAUUCGUAUCCCCCUGGCGUUUCGGUUUUCCGUGCACAGCAGAAUCUCCAGCACAACCGUCAACAGCCACCUCUUCUUCCUCUUCCGAUUCCAAUGCCGCUAAAUCAUCAGAAUAUGAACAUCUCUCGUACUAACAGCACUUCUCACAAUAAUAUUCGGUUAUCGUCUCCUCGAAUCAACAAAAGUGUGAAGAAUCGAGUGCGAGACCAUUCUCUCACGCCCAAAAAAUCGAAAAAUCAAAAGAAGGAUUCGAAGAAAGAGGAAGGGGAUCUACUUCCUCCUCCGACAACGGGGAAGAAGGAAGCGAAAAAAUGUUCAACGGAAGCAUCGGUUAACCAGCUGAUGGGACCGGAUCCGAAGGAUCUUCCGAAGGCUGUUAUUUCUAGGGCUUUUUCUUCAGCGCCUAACGAUUCCUGUGAUAUUGUUUCUGUUGACAAGUUUUCAGGUUCUGUUGUGUUUACUCCUUCUCCACCGCCGAGCAGCUUGCCUUUGCCUACUUUUUCACUCAGGCCAAAGCUCAGUUGCAAAGCCGAGGCGGCCAUAGAAGCACCUAGCAUCGAUGCCGGAGCAACUGAUAGUCUCCGACGACUUCUCCGUCUCAGGUGAUUUGAUCUAGCUGUGUCUUAUUACAUAGGCUAUGUUGCUUUAUGCAUGCCACUGUAGUUACAUAAAAAGAAGGGAAUAAAAAGCUUUAUUUGAUGCUUUUUUCCUCUUCAUCUUUUAUCCUUUUUCUAAAUUAUAAAAAAAAGGUGUUGGAUUAGGGUUCUCGUUCUUGUUCUUGUAUUUUCUUGUAAUUUGUGAAUCUCUGCCUGAGUUUUUUCCCUUGGCAGUGCACAAAGACUGAUUUUCAAUUUGUAAUGAAUUUUCUUAUAACGAUCUUAAAUAUUCAUAUC